UGGAUAUAAAGGCGAACUUGGAAAUAUCCGGUGCGCCUGCUGAACAGGGCGAAGACUGCCAAAACCUGACCUCCCAGCCGGCCGGCCGUACCCGACGACGGAGUCAAGGCGUACGGACGGCCAUGGAGGGCGACGACCGGAGCGCCCCGCUGCUGGCCAACGGCGCCGGCCGGCCGUCGCUCCGGCGGCGCGACUCGGCGCGGUCGCUGCGCAGCAGCUUCCUGCGCCGGCUGCCGGACAAGAUGCGCACCGAGCUGGACCCCGAGCGCGGCGCCGACGUCGACGUCGCCCGCGUCAAGGACCUCUCCCAAGGUGAGAGGGAGUACUACAGGAAGCAGCUCGCCGCGCUGAAGACCUUCGAGGAGGUGGAGGCCCUGUGCAUGCCCGGCGAGUUCGGCUCGGACGACGACGGCGACCCCGACGCCGACGACGCCGACGACGAGGAGCAGAAGCAGAGCGAGCUCGCCAUGAAGAUUUCCAACUACGCCAACAUCGUCCUCCUGGCCUUCAAGGUGUAUGCCACGAUCAGGACGGGGUCCAUGGCGAUCGCGGCGUCCACGCUGGACUCGCUGCUGGACCUGAUGGCCGGCGGCAUCCUCUGGUUCACGCACCUCUCCAUGAAGAAGGUGAACAUCUACAAGUACCCCAUCGGCAAGCUGCGCGUCCAGCCGGUGGGGAUCAUCGUCUUCGCCGCCAUCAUGGCCACUCUAGGCUUCCAGGUCCUGGUGCAGGCGAUCGAGCAGCUGGUGGAGAACGAGCCCGGCGACAAGCUGACCUCGGAGCAGCUGAUAUGGCUCUACUCCAUCAUGCUCUCGGCCACCGCCGUCAAGCUCGCCCUCUGGUUCUACUGCAGGAGCUCCGGGAACAGCAUCGUCCGGGCGUACGCCAAGGACCACUACUUCGAUGUGAUCACCAACGUCGUCGGCCUGGUGGCCGCCGUCCUGGGAGACAGGUUCCUGUGGUGGAUCGACCCCGCCGGAGCCGUGCUCCUCGCGGUGUACACCAUUGCGAACUGGUCCGGGACCGUGCUUGAACAAGCAGUCUCGCUGGUGGGGCGGAGCGCUCCGCCGGAGAUGCUGCAGAUGCUGACCUACCUCGCCAUGAAGCACGACGCGCGCGUGCAGCGGGUCGACACGGUCCGGGCCUACAGCUUCGGCGCCCUCUACUUCGUCGAGGUCGACAUCGUGCUCUCGGAGGACAUGCGGCUGCGGGAAGCGCACGCCAUCGGGGAGUCGCUGCAGGAGAGGAUCGAGAAGCUGCCGGAAGUGGAGCGGGCGUUCGUCCAUGCGGACUUCGAGACCACCCAUAAGCCGGAGCACACGGUCCGGAGCAGGCUGCCGGCGACCGAGCCCUGACGAUGGCACCUUCCGCUCCAGCAUUCGCCAGAUCUUGUACAGCGAAAAUACACGCCUGAAGCUGCAGUGUUCUUGUUGUUUUUCUCUUGCGCUGACCCCGAAAAACACAGCGACAGAGCCAUCUAGAAGAUGGAUGUCUCUGUGGAAUAAUACAGGAUUCGCCAUUUUUAUGGGAGCUGUUCCUUCUUUCUGUCA